AUGUCGUCGGAAGAGGACUCCUCUAUGGAUGUUAUGUCAGACCAGUCUUUAAAAGGCUGUAAAAUCAAGAGAACUCGUCAGAGAGUAGACGCCGGAGAGCCGCGAAACAGUUACGCCAGUAUUGCCAACUUCUCCUCACGAGGCGGUUAUCUUAACCAUCCCUACCAUCAGUACAGCAACGGUCUCAACAUAUCUCCCAAUAGUAAAUUCAUCGGUGAUCUCAUCUCUAAGUCUUCGUCGGAGAACAACAGCUCGAAAGCCAAUAACUCGGAUAUGAUUGUCAUCGACGACGCGGUCAUGCAGUUAGUGAACGGAGGUCUGAGCGCCGGUCAGAUCGCACCUCCGUUUGUGAACGGAGCCGGAAAUGGACUGAAUUCACUGCAUCUCAAGACUGAAACCAAUAAUAAUAAUAAUAUCUCCAAUUGUAAUAACAAUAAUAGCAGUCAUUCAUCCGAUUUGGAGUUUAAUUUCAAAACGAGUGGCAGUUAUAUGUCAUCCAAAGGUAUGGGCUCUGAGGUGUCGGUUCCCGGCGCUCAUCUGUUGCGCGAUAUUCUCCAAACGGGCAGAAAGUUGGCUGAGAAUAGCGGAGAUCAGUGUAUGGAAAGGGCUGACCAAUCAAACCAUGGCAUCCAAAGUCAGUCAAACAGCUCCGGAAACAACAAACUGGCGAACAGUGGAAAGGGAGGAGAGGGAGGACUCUCUCAAUGCUCCGAUGCCUCCGAUCUCGACGACGAGGAGAACGAGCGCCCGGAGAGCAGAGAUGAUGACGGCAUGGAUCACAUCAUUAACAGCACUGAUCAGAGCUCUCCCAUCAAAGACAAGUCACUACUGGAAUCGUCGCGAUCGCCAUCACCGGCACUAUCGGCCCAAUCGAACCGUCCAAACGCUCACAACUCCAGUCCAGCCAUCGCUGACGUGAAGAGAGCCCGAGUGGAGAACAUUGUGUCCAAUAUGUUAUUGGGAGGCAAUGGGCCGACAGUCGGAGGCCUGAAAGGCGGUAACGGAGACGCUGUGAACGCGUCAGUGAACGGGUGUAAGAAGCGAAAGCUAUAUCAACCGCAACAAAGCAAACUCAAUGACCAAACCGGCGAUGAAGACGAAGAGGUCGAGUAUUUGGCCGACGAGGAGGACGACGACGAAGACGUUGUCACUCACAUUGAUUUGUCGGCCAAACGGGCGAAGACUGAGAACAGGAAUGACUUGAGACGACAGUUGGAGGACAUGCAGUCACAGCUGAUCGCUAUGAGACAGAGGUAUGUGGAACUGUUCGAAGCCCAACAGCUGCAGCAGAAACAGUUGUCUCUCACCUCCAGUCCCGUCAAUCUGACGACUGCUGUCUCGGCCGACGACGACUUGGACGACACCGAAAUGGAGGAAAUGGCCUCCGAUAAGGGACCCAACACUCCUGCGUCCCAAUUAAGUGAACUCACAAACAGAGACAUGAGUGCAAACGUUACGCCCACCGCUCGGCACCCGAUGCCCGGCGCCGGCGAUGCCUCCCAUUUCCUGGACGAAGCCCGACGUCUCAUCUCAGAGCAGGAGAAGAUCGCCCGGCGAUCGGACCGUCAGUCCUGUAUUGUGCGCAACAGUGGCUCAACACAGGCACCCAUUCCUGACAUGGAUUGGCUCAUCGACUCCCUUAAGACUGAUAUCCAGAGCUCUGUUAUGCAAAUAAUAGACACGACUUUCUCGAAAUAUAUCCAAAAAAGACAAACAAAACUGCCCUUCGAUUCAAACGAAUCGAAAAAUGAAAUCACGAUUUUGUCCCAAAUGUUGGACCGAAAGUCUCCGCGAACUAAAGUGAUCGAUAGGGGGGCUGCUAUUGGAGCGGCCACUAUAGGCAAUGCCAUCAAGACUAACAUCAAUGGCCACUCUUCGCGUGGAAGUCCGUUCAGUCUUCCCACAGAGACAGCGCCGGCGCCCCGACCGACACCCUUCUCGUUCCCGACCCCUAACUUCAAGUCUCCCUUUUAUAUGCCAAACGUGGCACCCGUUGGCGCACAGAUGCCUCAACAGCCGGCAAUCAUUCCCUCAGCUCUCGCACAUCAUUUCAAUAGUAUUGCCUCGAGUUUGAGUCAACGCAGCGAACAAUCAAACAAUUAUUGCAACCGAGAUAUCCCUAACAUUCCGGUCAACACUAAUGGGCACUCGAAUUCACACCUCUUCAGCCGAUCAGAUGAACCGCUUCCCGAGCAGACAGAGGCCAUGGCUUUAGUGGUGGCGCCCAAACGGAAACGACAUAAAGUGACCGACACUAGGAUUACGCCCCGAACUGUAAGCCGACUGUUAGGUCAGGACUCGCUGAUGAUGUGCAACAAUAGAGACGCUUCUUCCGUUUCACCGCCCAAUUCAAUGGUUUAUGGAAAUCACGGGCCGUCUCAACCGCCGCCACCACUAGUGCCGGUGUCAUUGCCAACAUCGGUGGCAAUACCUAAUCCCAGUCUUCAUCACACGGACCUCUUCAGUGGCACAAACUUCCCGUUUGGAGAUCACCCGCGACUCAGUUUGUUUGGGGACGACUCCGACAUGAAUAGAGAUGGUAAAAGUCAUUCAGCGGUGGUGUCGGCCGUCGCACACGCGGCCGCCGCCCAUCACUUGCAUAUGUUGGCCGCGAGUCGCGCGUCACCCGAUUCUCUUCACGGAUAUCCCGCGACAGUAAUGCCUGGCCUUCAGUACGGAAGGGGCGGUUCAGACAAUGGCAACGAAGGAUCGGAAACCAACGAAACCCAAGUGUACGACCCUACUCUGACGCCUAUGCAUCUGAGGAAAGCCAAACUCAUGUUCUUCUUCGUCCGGUAUCCGUCGUCAGCGAUACUGAAGAUGUUUUUCCCGGACAUUAAGUUCAAUAAGAAUAAUACGGCACAACUCGUCAAAUGGUUCUCCAACUUUAGAGAGUUUUAUUACAUCCAAAUGGAGAAGUAUGCGCGACAGGCCCUCAGCGAAGGCGUCAAGAACUCAGAGGAACUCCAUGUGAGCCACGACUCGGAACUGCUCCGAGUCCUCAAUCUUCACUAUAAUCGCAAUAAUCAUAUCGAUGUUCCCGAAAACUUUCGUUAUGUGAGCGAACAGACACUGAGAGAGUUCUUCAAAGCAGUCCAAUCGGGCAAAGACUCAGAGCAGUCGUGGAAGAAAGCAAUCUAUAAAGUGAUCGCACGUCUCGAUGAUAACGUUCCCGAGUAUUUCAAAUCUCCCAAUUUCUUGGAACAACUCGAAUGAGACAAUUGAAUGUUUAUAUUUAAAUAGUCAUAACCAAUAUAUAUAUAAAUAUCAUGUAAUAAUAAUAAUAGCAAACAAAUGAAUAGAAGAUGGCAUUGAAUAUACCGUCCGAAAACAGUUUUAGUCUCAAAAUUGGCUGCUCUUCACUUUUAUUGCUUCAAAAAACGGUUAUAUUAUUAUAGUAUAUAAUAAUGAAUGUUAUUAUUUCGACGAAACAAAUACAUAAUUAUUUCGACGAAAAUCCAAACGAGAACUUCGAGUGCGAAGAAGAAGACAAAGAACUGAAAACUCAUUUGGGAUAACGUUUUGAAGAAGAAUCGGUUCAAUCGAGAAGUCGUGCCUUCAAUUCCAUUGACAACUUGUAUGAGAAAAUUGUAUACAAAUUAUUAAUUCGAGUCAUUUUUAGGAAUAAUAUUUAAAGAGAAAAC